AUGGAACUACUCAAAGACUAUGAUUGUUCUAUUUUGUAUCAUCCUGGAAAAGCCAAUGUGGUGGUUGAUGCAUUGAGCAAAAAAUCUAUGGAGAGUUUGGCAUAUAUAGCUCCCCCAAAGAAACUUUUGGCCAGGGAUAUUCAGAGACUAGAAGAUACAGGUAUCAGAUUUAGUAUCAGAAAUUUAGAGGCAUUGUUGGCUUGUGCUCAGGCCAAGACUUUAUUAGUUGAGCGCAUUAAGGCCACCCAAUAUAAGGAUGAACGAUUAUGCAAAUACAGAGAUGAGGCCUUAACUAGUAAAAGCAAGGAUAUGAUUGUUGAAAGUGAUGGUGUUCUUCGAAUAGGUGACAAGCUAUGUGUAGCAGACGUAGAUGGGUUAAGACAUGUUAUUCUUGAAGAAGCACACAACUCUAAAUACACUAUACAUCCUGAAUCCACAAAAAUGUACCAUUACCUAAAGCAAUAUUAUUGGUGGGAAAGUAUGAAGAAAGAUAUUGCUAACUUUGUUUCUAGUUGUUUGACGUGUCAGCAUAUCAAAGUUGAGCAUCAGUGA